AUGACGAAGGCAAACCAGGACAAUGACAAGGGGACUUCAGACACAGAUUCGGAUGCAGAAAUGAAGACUGCACCUCGGCCUCCAUGGGUGAACUCUGGCAACCCUGUGUUCCGCAUGCUGUACCCCAAGACGCUGUGCACAGCCACCUCUGCUUGCAGCCCCCUGAUGAUCAGGAACAGGACCAGCAGCAGCCACCCCGGGACCGCCCCAAGACUGCAAUUCCUGCCCUGCAAUUCCACCCCAAAGGAGCAGGUGUUUUCAAGCCAUAUCAGAGCCACGGGACUUUACCAGAACAACAGUCUCAAUACUGUGCCUGACAGAACCAGAACCCUUUAUUUUCCCAACUUGCAACACACUCUAUGA